GUCCAGCCAGUUGUCUACAAGGAGCCUCUGAGACUCAAGGAAAUGAAAACUGAAUAAAACUCAAAACUCAGACCUUCACUUCCUGAUACAGAACAAGUCCAGCCAGUUCUCUACAGGGAGCGCCUGAGACUCAAGGGAAUAACAACUGAAUAAAGCUGAAAACUCAGACCUUAACCUCCUGAUACAGAACAAGUUCUGCCAGUUCUCUAUGGGAGUGUGUGAUACUCGAGGAAAUAACAGCUAAAUAAAACUCAAAACUGUAAGUUCCUUUGUUUACCAACAGACCUUAACCUCCUGUGACAGAACAAGUCCAGCCAGUUCUCCACAGAAGACUUCUUGGUUCUGCGGUUGAUUGUUUCAGCAGACCUUAACCUCCUGAUACAGAACAAGUUCUGCCAGUUCUCUAUGGGAGCGUGUGAUACUCGAGGAAAUUACAACUGAAUAAAACUCAAAACUCAGACCUUCACUUCCUGAUACAGAACAAGUCCAGCCAGUUCUCUACAGGGAGCGCCUGAGACUCAAGGGAAUAACAACUGAAUAAAGCUGAAAACUACCUUCACUUCCUGAUACAGAACAAGUCCAGCCAGUUCUCUACAGGGAGCGCCUGAGACUCAAGGAAAUCACAACUGAAUAAAGCUGAAAACUACCUUAACCUCCUGAUACAGAACAAGUUCUGCCAGUUCUCUAUGGGAGCGUGUGAUACUCGAGGAAAUAACAACUGAAUAAAACUCAAAACUCAGACCUUAACCUCCUGUGACAGAACAAGUCCAGCCAGUUCUCCACAGAAGACUUCUUGGUUCUGCGGUUGAUUGUUUCAGCAGACCUUAACCUCCUGAUACAGAACAAGUCCAGCCAGUUCUCUACAGGGAGCGUGAGAUACUCGAGGAAAUUACAACUGAAUAAAACUCAAAACUCAGACCUUCACUUCCUGAUACAGAACAAGUCCAGCCAGUUCUCUACAGGGAGCGCCUGAGACUCAAGGAAAUCACAACUGAAUAAAGCUGAAAACUCAGACCUUAACCUCCUGAUACAGAACAAGUUCUGCCAGUUCUCUAUGGGAGCGUGUGAUACUCGAGGAAAUAACAACUGAAUAAAACUCAAAACUCAGACCUUAACCUCCUGUGACAGAACAAGUCCAGCCAGUUCUCCACAGAAGACUUCUUGGUUCUGCGGUUGAUUGUUUCAGCAGACCUUAACCUCCUGAUACAGAACAAGUCCAGCCAGUUCUCUACAGGGAGCGUGAGAUACUCGAGGAAAUUACAACUGAAUAAAACUCAAAACUCAGACCUUCACUUCCUGAUACAGAACAAGUCGAGCCAGUUCUCUACAGGGAGCGCCUGAGACUCAAGGAAAUCACAACUGAAUAAAGCUGAAAACUCAGACCUUAACCUCCUGAUACAGAACAAGUUCUGCCAGUUCUCUAUGGGAGCGUGUGAUACUCGAGGAAAUAACAACUGAAUAAAACUCAAAACUCAGACCUUAACCUCCUGUGACAGAACAAGUCCAGACAGUUCUCCACAGAAGACUUCUUGGUUCUGCGGUUGAUUGUUUCAGCAGACCUUAACCUCCUGAUACAGAACAAGUCCAGCCAGUUCUCUACAGGGAGCGUGAGAUACUCGAGGAAAUUACAACUGAAUAAAACUCAAAACUCAGACCUUCACUUCCUGAUACAGAACAAGUCCAGCCAGUUCUCUACAGGGAGCGCCUGAGACUCAAGGAAAUCACAACUGAAUAAAGCUGAAAACUGUGAGCACCAUGGCUGAGAACAUUCUGGACCUGCUCUUCAGAACUCUGGAUGAGUUGGAGGAGGCAGAGCUGAAGCGGUUCAAGAUGCACCUGUCUGAGAGAACCUUGGAGGAGUUUAAGCCCAUCCCCAAAGGAAGGCUGGAGAAAUGUGACGCUACAGACGUUGCCUCUAAGAUGAAGGAGGCCUAUGGGGAGGAAGGCUCAAUGAAAAUGACUCGGACCAUCCUGAGGAAGAUGAACCUCAACCUUCCAGACCAACUAGGAGAGAGGGAUGCUGCAGCGACAGGAAAGCAAGAUGAUGCAAUUCUACAGGAAGUCAAAGAAAAACACAAAAAGUGGAUGAAAGAGAAGUUUGGUAAGAUUGAUGAGUGUACCGAGAAGGGAAGGAACAAAACACUCCUGAGUAAGAUCUACACGGAGCUCUACAUCACUGAGGGAGAGAGUGAAGGAGUCAACACUCAACAUGAGGUUCGCAGGAUUGAAACGCUGUCAAACUCCCAAGAGGCAAAGAAAUUAAAAAUCAACUGUAGCGACAUCUUUAAGUGUUCACUGGAAGAUGAGAAAAUCCGAACUGUAAUGACCACAGGCAUUGCUGGCAUCGGAAAAUCUGUAUGUGUGCAAAAGUCCAUUCUGGACUGGGCAGAAGGAAGGUCCCAUCAGGAUGUUGAUUUCAUAUUUGCACUUCCAUUCCGCCAGUUAAACUUGAAACAAUAUAAGUCAUGCACUCUCCUCAAACUCCUCCUUGACUUUCAUCAGGAACUGGAUGAAGAGGUCAUAUGUCCCAAAAUGUUCAGAGAGUUGAAGAUCAUGUUCAUCUUUGAUGGUCUGGAUGAGAGCAAACUUUCCCUGAAUGUAGAACAAGACAUGCAUGGUUGCUUGGAGACUGCAUCAGUGGAUAUGUUGAUAACCAACCUCAUCACAGGUAAUCUAUUGCCUAAUGCGCUUAUUUGGAUAACCUCCCGACCAGCAGCUGUCAAACAGAUCCCUACUGAAUACAUAGACAGGUGGACAGAGGUACAAGGAUUCAAUGACCAACAGAAGGAUGACUACUUCAAGAAGAGGAUUGAGAAUCCAGCAAAAGCGGACACAGCCAUCGCCCACAUUAAAAGGUCUAAGACUCUCUACAUCAUGUGCCACAUCCCUGUCUUCUGCUGGAUCUUAGCCACUGUGCUUCUGAAAAUGAUCAAUCUUACCAGUACAAGUGACUAUCCUCAAACACUAACUGAGAUCUAUAUCUAUUUCCUGCUCACCGAGACACGUAUGAAGGGCCAAAAAUAUGACAAAAGCUUUGAACGAGAUGAUAAAAAACGCCUGAAGUCCAACAAAGAGCCUAUUUUGAAAUUAUCCAAACUAGCAUAUGAAGAACUGCUGAAGGGUGAUAUCUUGUUUAAUGAAGACAGCUUGAGGGAAUGUGACAUCAAUGAAGAAGACAUGAUAUUGUACUCUGGUAUGUGCUCUGAGUUCUUCAUGAGUGAGGAUGUUCUCGAUCAACAUAAAGUCUAUUGCUUUGUGCAUUUGAGCAUUCAGGAGUUUCUGGCUGCAUUGUUUGUGUUUCAUUCCUUUGUGACUAAGAACACAGAAGCCCUGACAAAAUUUACCUCACAAGAAUCUGCCUUGACAGCCCCUUCAAGCCUUUCCAUGGUUGAGUUUUUAAGAACUGCUAUAGAUAAAUCCAUGCAGAGCAAAGAUGGACAUUUGGACCUUUUCCUUCGCUUCCUCUUAGGCAUCUCACUUGAGUCCAACCAGAAACUCCUACAAGGCCUUCUGGCACACAUAGAGAGAAGCUCAGACAGCCGCAAGGAAACAGUGGAGUACAUCAAAGGAAUUCUGAGUGAAGACAAACAAGUCCCUGAAAGAUGCAUGAAUCUGAUCCUCUGUUUAUCGGAGAUGAAGGAGAACACCCUUUAUCAGGAGAUUCAGCGGUACAUAGACUCUGGAGAACGGCUCUCUCCUACCCAAUGUUCACAACUGGCCUACAUGCUUCUGUUAUCAGAGGAAACACUUGAUGAGUUUGACCUGGCUAAGUACAAGACAUCAAGUGAGGGUCGUGAGAGACUGCUUAUAGUAUUACAGUCUUGUAGGAAAGCACGACUUGCCAAUUGUAAAAUCACACAUAAUUCCUGUGAGGUUGUGGCUUCAGUUCUGCAGUCAACAAACUCCCUCAUAAAGCUGGACUUGGGUGAAAAUGACCUGGAGGAUUCUGGAGUUGACGUUCUCUCUAAGGGACUAUCUAGUCCCCUCUGCAACCUGCAGACAUUAAGACUUGCUGUAUGCAAACUCUCAGAGAAGUCAUGUGGAAUUGUGGCUACUGUUCUACAGUCACCAAACUCCCUGAUAGGGCUGGACCUGAGUCACAAUGACCUGAGAGAUUCAGGAGUUCAGCUUCUCUCUAAGGGACUGUCUAGUUCCCACUGCAAACUGCAGACAUUAAGGCUUGCUGAUUGUAAGCUCACAGAUAAACUAUGUGAGAUUGCUGCUUCAAUUCUACAGUCACCAAACUCCCUGCUACAGCUGAACUUCAGUAACAAUGACCUGGGGGAUUCUGGAGUGCAGCUUCUCUCUAAGGGACUGUCAAGUUCCAAUAGCAUACUGCAGAUAUUAAGGCUUGCUGAUUGUAAACUCAGAGAUAAAUCUUGUGAGAUUGUGGCUUCAGUUCUACAGUCACCAAACACCCUGCAACAGCUGGACUUGAGUGACAAUGGCUUUGGGGAUUCUGGAACUCAAUUUCUCUGUAAGGGACUGUCCCAUUCCAACUGCAAAAUACACACAUUAAGGCUCUCUGAUUGUCUCAUCUCAGAGAAGAGUUGUGGUUUUCUGGCUUCAGCUCUGACUUCAAACCCCUCCCAUCUAAAAGAGCUGGAUCUGAGCUACAAUCAUCCUGGAGAAUCAGGACUGAAGCUGUUAUCCGCUAGACUGGAGGAUCCUGUCUGUAAACUGGUGAUACUUAAAACAGGGCCUUCUGUAAGCAGAGCACGACCACAUUUGCUGAGAUAUGCCUGUGAGCUCACACUGGACCCAAACACAGCAAACAGACUUCUCUCUCUCUCUGAGGGGAACAGAAAGGUGACACAUGUGAAUGAGGAGCAGCCGUAUCCUGAACACCCAGAGAGAUUUGACUACUGGAGGUGUCCCCAGGUGUUGUGUAGAGAGGGUCUGACUGGACGCUGCUACUGGGAGGCUAAGUGGAGUGAUUUUGUAGAUAUGAGUGGAGAUAAAGGAGCAUAUAAGAGUAUAUCUGUGGCCUAUAAAUGCAUCAAGAGGAAAGGGGACAGUAAUGACGUCAUAAUGGGACGGAAUGCCAAGUCCUGGAGUCUGAGCUGCUAUCAUGACAGUUACUUUGUCUGCCACAAUAAUGAACGCACUGCCAUACCUGCCCCCUCCUCCGGCUCCAGAAGAGUAGGAGUGCACCUGGACUGGCCGGCCGGCACUCUGUCCUUCUACAGCGUCUCCUCUCACACACUCACCCACCUGCACACGUUCCACUCCACAUUCACUGAGCCCCUCUGUCCAGGGCUUGGGGUUAAUUUUUAUUUCUCCUCAGUGUCCCUGUGCCAGAUCACAUGAGCUCCUCCUCCAACAGGUUCGUCCACCUGUCACCCUUUCUCUCAAUCCUCAGUACUCCCCCUCCUUUCACUUUUCACUCUUUCUCUCUCUCCCCCUCUUCCUCUCUCUUUCUCUACUCCCUCUUUUUUCUCUUUCUUCUCUGUCCCCUCCUCUGUUUUCUCCUUUCUCUCUCUCUCUCUCUCUCUCUCUCUCUCUCUCUCUCUCUCUCUCUCUCUCUCUCUCUCUCUCUCAGUGUGUGUGUUUCUGGUUUGAAUUAAACUGUCUACUUUCUACACUGCGCAACAUUCCGCUGUAGCCACGUAACCGUAGCAACAUCCAUUGUGAUGUAAGCACCUGGUGCUUGAUCUGUGGCCCUGGCAGUUGAGCAUGCUGCAGGAACACCAGAGUCACACACUCCUGUUCAUACACAUAUGUGAUGCUGAGAUGCUGUUGAGAUAUUGAUAUCUGUAUAUUGAUAUCUGUAUAUUUAAUGUAUAGACUACUGUUUUGGUGAUACGAAAAAAAUGCUGAUAUUUUGUGCUUUUCCUGAACUAAAUAUGUGGAUUAUAAUAAUGUACAGCAUGCUGUAGCCUAUUCUGUUCUCCCUAAAGUGUAUUUGCUGAUUUUGUUUUUGAAAGUUAUCUGCUGGUUUGUUUUUACAUGUGUUUACGCAGAACUAUUAAACAGGCUUGUUGUUUUUCUGACUGACAAUAUGAAAAUGACAUGUAUUUCUUACUUUAAAAUGUCUAAAUAAAACUUCUGAAAU